AUGGCCGCCACCGGACAAUCCUUGAAGCCAUCAACUGGCACACGUCCGUCAGCUUCAGCAGGAAAAACUCUAGAGACGACUACAGGCGUUGCUGCUGUUAACGGCUUGACUGACAACUCCGGAGAUCAGCAGCGCAACAAUCCUGAAGCCGCUUGGCUUUUUAUUAUCAAGUGGCUACGAGAAUCGACACCAAUGAACGAGUUUCAUCUUAAUUGUACAUUGCAACGACGCAUCGUACAAGUCGAUGAACUCUUUCAUUUAAUUAGUGGAAAUGGAGCGAACGAAUGGAAUAUUCUUAUUCGAAUCGACGCUGAUACACCAACGAAAGAUGCACCACAUAUGGGUUAUGAGAUCUACAUCAAUGGUCCAAGAGUGCAAUCAGGCCAUGCGCACGGUGUCCGCCCGCAAAUUGGACGACCUGGACCGCGCGUGGAACUUCCAGAGCACAUCGAAGCAACGGGAGAGGGAGGCAUGUUCAUGAACAAAAAUGAACAAAUCGUUGACGAUUUUAUUAAUAAUGAAAUUGAACAAAGUUUUCCCCGCGCUGCACUGAUCGUAAUUCCAUAUGGUAAAAUACUGAAACAAACUGUUUAUGGUUACAAAUUAAAAUAUAAUGAAAAUGAGACAUUGAUAGAACAACCAGAGUUGUUAACAUUAGAUUCAAUGUUUGAUUUGGUAUCAUUAACUAAAAUGUAUGCAAUCAAUUAUGCUCUUAUGCAUCUAAUAGCGCAAGGAAAACUCAGCGUUGAUGAUCAAGUUACAAAGUAUAUACCAGAAUAUUCUGGAUGUAAUCCUGAGAAUGAAUGUCGUGAAACAAGAUUAAUAAAAGAUAUAUUGACACAUACAGCUGGAUAUGCUCCAAGCGUUGAGUUUUACGAUCCGAAACUAGUUUCACCAGAUUUAUACUCUCAAGAUAAGAGUAGAACAGAGCAAAUUAUUGAAAUAAAAUUAGCAUUUCAACGCGCUAGAGAUGGUGAUCAAUUCGCAGUUUAUUCCGAUACCGAUAAUUGA